UUAUAAAGAGGGAAAGAGAAAGCAAAGUACUUUUUACUUCAAAUUCUCUCUCUCUUCACGGCUCUCUAAGUUUGUUUGCGUGUGAUCGUGGCAGAGAGUCUUUCUAUUGAAAAUCAGUUAAAUUAUUUUCCCUUUAAUUUUUCACACUCUUUGAACCUCAUUCAGAAAAAGGCAAUGCAAUGAAGCAGUCUGUUGACCAUUUGGUUUCAGAUCCUACUAAGAUUCCAAGAGAAAAUGCAUCUAAAAAAGUGGAAAGUGCAUGGCGGAUUUUAUCUGGUUCUGAUGCAUACCAUGCCUCAACUGAUGCUACCCUCUUUUCUAGCUCAUUGCCUGUUCUUCCACAUGAAAAACUGAACUUAAAUGAUACGGACAAUAAUUAUCAAUCUAUUGAUGGUAUUACAUCUGAUCUAAAUAACCUAAGUCAAGAUGUGGAAAGCAAUGAUCCACUCGGGGAUAUUGAAGCUCAUGCACUUGGAAACUUGCUUCCUGAUGAUGAGAAUGAGCUUUUAGCAGGCAUAAUGGAUGAUUUUGAUUUAAGUGGGUUGCCUAAUUCACUGGAAGAUCUAGAGGAGUAUGAUCUUUUUGGCAGUGGUGGAGGUAUGGAAUUAGAAACUGAUCCACAGGAGAGCCUGACCAUCGGCAUGUCAAAAGUGAGUCUCUCUGAUGCUGUUGUUGGGAAUGGCAUGCCCCAUUAUGCCCUUCCAAAUGGUGUUGGAACUAUAGCUGGGGAACAUCCGUAUGGAGAACAUCCUUCGAGGACAUUAUUUGUUCGUAAUAUAAAUAGCAAUGUUGAGGAUUCUGAAUUAAGAGCUCUUUUUGAGCAAUAUGGUGAUAUUAGAACUCUGUACACGGCAUGUAAACAUCGGGGCUUUGUGAUGAUAUCCUAUUAUGACAUUCGUGCUGCUCGAACAGCUAUGCGUGCAUUACAGAACAAGCCACUAAGACGGAGAAAACUUGACAUUCACUUCUCAAUUCCUAAGGAUAAUCCAUCAGAGAAGGAUGUUAAUCAAGGAACUUUAGUAGUAUUUAAUUUGGAUCCAUCUGUUUCAAAUGAAGAUCUUCGUCAAAUAUUUGGGGUUUAUGGUGAGGUUAAAGAGAUAAGGGAAACACCAUACAAGCGACACCAUAAGUUCAUUGAGUUUUAUGAUGUUAGAGCUGCAGAACAAGCUCUUAAGUCACUGAAUAGAAGUGAUAUAGCCGGUAAACGUAUUAAGCUUGAACCUAGUCGCCCUGGAGGAGCUCGUCGCAAUAGUUUGAUGUUGCAACUUAAUCAAGAUCUUGAACAAGAUGAAUCUCGGGGUUUUAGACAUCAAGUUGGUUCUCCGAUAACCAAUUCUCCUCCAGGUAGCUGGGCACAGUUUAACAGUCCUAUAGAGCAUAGUCCAAUGCAUUCUUUUAGCAAGUCCCCUGUUUUUGGGACCAUGAGCCCAACUACCAGCAAUCAAUUAUCUGGUCUGGCUUCUAUUCUGCAUCCUCAAGUGUCGAGCUCCGUGAAAGUUGCACCGAUUGGCAAGGACCAAGCAAGGGGUGGUCAUGUAGAGCAUGCAUUAACCAAUACAAAUUCAACCCAUGGAGCUGGGUUUCAACUUUCCCAUUCUCUUCCAGAGCCAAAGUUGAGCCAAUACCAUGGAACCAUACCUACUUUUGGCCCAUCAAAUGGUUCCAGGAUGGAAACAUUGUCUGGGCCACAGUUUCUUUGGGGGAACCCAAAUUCAUAUACAGAUCGCACAAACUCUUCAGUCUGGCCAACAUCAUCUAUGGAACAUCCAUUUUCAUCCAAUGGAAAUGGCCAUGGCUUUCCAUACACAGGUCGGCAAGGAUCUUUCUCAGGCUCAUCCCACCAUCACCAUCACAUGGGAUCUGCUCCAUCUGGUGUUCCUCUGGAAAGGCACUUUGGUUUCUUCCCAGAAUCAUCAGAAAAUUCAUUCAUUAGUCCUGCUACAUUUGGAGGCAUGAGUGUAGGCCACAAUGAAGGUUUUAUGGUUAACAUGGGUUCUCGUGCUCCUAUGAGUUCAGGUAUUGGCAUUCCACGGAAUGUGUCUGAGAACAGUUCAAGUAUGAGAAUGAUGUCUUCACCUAGGUUAAGUCCUGUAUUUUUAGGCAAUGGCCUAUACCCAGGACUACUGCCAAACAGUAUGGAGGGGUUGGCUGAGCGUGGCCGGAGCAGACGGGUUGAAAAUAAUCGGAACCAGCUGGAUAACAAAAAGCAGUUUCAGCUGGAUUUGGAUAAAAUUAUUAGCGGUGAAGAUACUCGAACAACUCUGAUGAUAAAAAAUAUUCCAAAUAAGUAUACCUCAAAGAUGUUGCUGGCUGCCAUUGAUGAAAAUCAUCAGGGAACUUACGAUUUUCUCUAUUUGCCAAUAGAUUUUAAGAAUAAGUGCAAUGUGGGCUAUGCCUUUAUCAAUAUGCUGUCUCCUUCACACAUUAUACCAUUUUAUGAGGCAUUUAAUGGAAAGAAGUGGGAGAAGUUUAAUAGCGAGAAAGUUGCUUCUUUGGCAUAUGCUCGAAUCCAGGGAAAGGCAGCUCUUGUUGCCCACUUCCAGAAUUCAAGCUUGAUGAAUGAAGAUAAGCGCUGCCGCCCAAUUCUCUUUCACUCUGAAGGUCCAGAUGGUGGCGAUCAGACCAUCCCAGAGCAUUUACACUCUAGUUUGAAUAUCAUCCGCCAGCCAAAUGGGUUACCCUCGGGUGAUUCUUCAGGUAGCCCCAAAAAGAAAGAUGCUGGCGAGGAGCUUGAAACCUUCUAGCAGCUUAAUAUCAGGAGAUUUUGCCCUUGUACCAAAUUCAUGGGGCAGUGAAGGCUAACAUAUUUCGUACAUAGUCGACCGUAAGAACAUAGGAAGAGGUGAACCCGCUAUUGACAGGAUGCUGAUUUUGUGUAGUCUAAGCUAGCUGAGCAUUCGAACAUGGAAACUGUAGGUUCAUUGUGGUUUGUGCACGCAUCAAUAUCUUUUUGUCUUGUAUUUGAGAGGAUGUUAUGGUGGGGUUUCUGCAUCAUUGUUCUGUCUCUGCCUUGGCCUCUCUAUUUUGGUUUCUUUUUCGGGGUUUCGAAAUGGGCAUAAGCGUUGUGAGAGUUGAGAUUUUGAUGGCUAGGGAUGUAAAAUUAGUGCCAUUAACAGAAAAUUGUAUAGUUGAGAAAACAAACUGUUUUUGUUUAUCACAUAAUUUGGUUCUCUAUGAAAUGGAUGCAAUUGACAA